UUUAUAGCAAAAACAAAGGUUUGUAAAAAACAUUGUAAAAUAUAUUUACUAUAUACGGUGUAAAUAAAAUUGGCAAAUGGCAACAAUAAACACAACAAAAACAAGGAUAAUUUUUGAGAAAAUCCCAUAAUAGGCAUGUAUUGAUUGUUCUUGUAGGAUAUUCUAUGGUUUUUGUGAAUCUAAUUGGUAAUUGGUUGUGAAAUUUUUUACUUAUAAAAAACGUGCAGUUCACAAAAUACAGGGAUGUAAAUAUAACCUUUAGCUCGAGCUUAAGUAAUUUUUUUGGAAAAACCAUGCGAUACGCACAAUUUGUUGUUGGACCCGCAGGAAGUGGCAAGUCCACAUAUUGCUCAACUAUGGUGAAACAUGCCAGCACCACAAACCGCCUAAUAGAUGUAGUUAACUUGGAUCCUGCUGCGGAACACUUUUCCUACGACCCGAUCGUGGAUAUCCGGGGGCUGAUACAUUUGAGCGAUGCGAUGGAAGAUGAUGAGUUGAAGUUUGGGCCUAAUGGCGGACUUGUCUUCUGUUUGGAAACUCUCUUAGAAAACCUAGAUUGGCUAGAGACCCAACUAGGAGACCUGAACGACGACUACAUCCUAUUCGACUGCCCGGGACAGAUAGAGCUGUACACACACCUGCCCGUGAUGAAGAGGCUCGUGGAAGCCCUGGAACGGUGGAACUUUCGGAUUUGCGUUGUGUUCAUGAUCGAUUCACAGUUUAUGAUUGACGGUGCUAAGUUCCUGUCAGGCACCAUGGCGGCCCUCAGCGUGAUGGUGAACUUGGAGCUGCCGCACGUCAAUAUCCUCACGAAGAUGGACCUGCUCAGUAAAUCAGCUAGGAGUCAAAUUGACAAUUACCUGGACCCAGACCCCCACAUACUGCUAGCAGAAAUGAGAAACGGCAAUUCAAAAUGGCACGAAAAAUACGCGAAACUCACAGAGGCGAUAGGGGAUGUCAUAGAGAAUUACAGUCUAGUCAGGUUCUACCCACUCAACAUAAAGGAGGAAGAGAGCAUAGAGAAUAUACUGUUAACCAUAGACAACAUUCUACAAUACGCAGAAGACGCUGAUGUUAAGGUCAGGGACUUUGAAGAGGCGGAUCCGGACGAAAAUGAUAGUAAUUACGAUUGAUUAAAAUGUUUGAUGUAUUUUU